CUAUGUAUUUUUUGGUGAGGUGUUACAUCCCUCUUUCAUCCCGCCUACGUCAUUGGUUUAAGUACAUUGUUGAUCUAGGGCCAUUGAUCUGUCCGUUCGUCGAGUUCUGUGCGUAUCAACCUAAACUAGGGUCGUCUUAUUAUUUGGUUCAGUGUCCCUUGUGCUAUUCAGGUGUUGAAAGUGCUCAAAGCAAGCAAGAAGCCGAAGUCAAGACCGCUAGCGACGUUGUAAAAGAGGCCGAACAAAUGUCUUCCACCCCUCGAGAGUCCGCUCUUAAGAGCGACUCCGAAGAAUCGCCUGAUUUACCACCCCACGAGCGAAAUUCUGUUACAAGAGUGCCCGUAACUCCGGGCAUUAACCUCUCGACGUAUGCGACGGGAUUAAGCGUCGAGUCUACCAAAUCUCCUAGUCCUAGUUAUUUCAAUCAGAAUCGGAACAAAGCCUCCAACAAGUCGGCGACUGGUUCCACUGCAGAGACUUCCUCUCCCACGAACCUAGCACAGGGGGCCAGUUCAGAUCAUGAGGUCUUGCGUCGGAUGAGCGUAUCAUUGAGUGGGCGGAGAGAAUCUAUCACGGAAAUCAAGGCCGCUGCGCCUGACCUGGCUCUUAGUGGUAACAUCAUCUCAGCUACCUUCACGACCCCUCACUCUCUGAAGUAUCACAAGAGCGGCGAUUGGGAAUUGGGCUAUCGGCGCGGCCAAUCAGCUCUCUUCGAUUCUUUCUCUUACCUCUCCUCCGACGAAACGCCUUGGAAUCAUACCGUCGUUGCGUGGACAGGCGAAAUCGAAUCGCUUGCCGAAUCCUUGUCUGCACCAGAUAUCAUUCCUGAUACGACCUCGAGCAUUCCGGGUCUAAAUCACCUAUCUGCCCCGAUACCGUUGGAUGGAGAAACGCCACCUACACCUCCUGAGGUUGAUGGCUUAUGGAUUCCAAGAGAACAUCAGGUAAAGCUGGAGCAGCUAUUGUCCCAUGAUAAACGUAUCAAGACUGUUCCUGUGUGGCUCGCAGACGACACCGAGACGAGCGACGAGGGUAUCACGCUGAAUGACCAAGCCCGCUGGAGGCGAUAUGCCGAGCACACGAUAUAUCCCCUGUUCCACUACAAGCAACACGAGCCCAACGAUGGCCGAUCCGAGCGUAUUGAAUGGGCUGACUACUUCCGCACCAACUUGAAGUUCGCUAACAAGAUCAUCGAGAUCUACAAGCCAGGCGAUAUCGUAGUCAUCCACGAUUAUUAUCUCCUGUUGCUCCCUAGCAUGUUGCGGCAAAGAAUGCCAAACAUGUACAUCUCAUUCUUCCUUCAUUGUCCUUUUCCUAGCAGCGAGUUCCUAAGAUGCUUGCCGCGGAGGAAAGAAGUGCUUGAGGGCAUGCUCGGUGCCAAUCUUGUCGGUUUCCAGUCGUAUAGCUACUCACGUCACUUCGCCAGCUGCUGUACCCGGAUCCUUGAUUUCCCUUCGGAUUCUGUUGGUGUCGAUGCGUAUGGGGCUCGCGUGGAAGUUGGCGUUUUCCCCAUCGGCAUCGACGUGGCCAAGGUCGAACAGAUGGCAUGGUCGAAACAAGUCUCAGAUAUGUAUGACGCUUUAAAGGAGCUCUACAAGGACAAGCAGAUCAUUGUGGGGCGUGACCGGCUGGAUAGUGUCCGUGGUGUCGCCCAAAAGCUCAUGGCGUUUGAGAGGUUUCUGGAGCUCUAUCCCGAAUGGCGAGAGAAGGUUGUUCUUGUUCAGGUCACUUCGCCAAACACUAUCGAGGAGGGAGGAGAAGAGCCAGAGAACAAGAUAGCAAGUCGGGUGAACGAGUUGGUCAUGAGAAUUAACGGCACGUAUGGUAGCCUAGGGUUUUCGCCGGUACAGCAUUAUCCGCAAUAUCUGUCGCCCGAAGAGUAUUUCGCGCUGUUGAGAGCCGCAGAUAUUGGGUUGAUCACAUCGGUUCGGGAUGGCAUGAACACGACUAGUCUGGAAUACGUCCUGUGCCAGCGCGACACGCAUGGCCCGCUAAUCCUGUCGGAGUUUAGCGGUACCGCAGGAAGCCUGCGGGAUGCGAUACACAUAAACCCCUGGGACCUCACCACCGUUGCUCACCAAAUCAACAACGCUCUCACGAUGUCCGCUGAAAAACGCCUGGCGAUGCAGUCGAGUCUCUACAAACAUGUCACGACGCAGAAUGUGCAAAGCUGGAUCGCCAAGUUUCUACGAAAACUCGUGGGCACGUUAGCGUCCAAUAAGAACGCGAACGUCACACCGCUGCUUGACCGCACACUCAUGUUGAAAGAGUAUCGCCAAGCCAACAAGCGUCUCUUCAUGUUCGAUUACGAUGGUACACUCACUCCGAUUGUUAGAGACCCUCAGGCGGCUGUUCCAUCGGAACGAGUCAUCCAAACCCUGAAGGCAUUGGCGGCAGACCACCGCAAUGCCGUAUGGAUCAUCUCGGGCAGAGACCAAGACUUCCUACAACAACAUCUAGGUCAUAUCCCAGAGUUGGGCUUCAGUGCGGAGCACGGAAGUUUUAUUAGACAUCCGGGCCACGACACAUGGGAGAACCUGGCUGAGAAGUUAGAUAUGGGCUGGCAGGCGGACGUGAUUGAAGUCUUCCAAAAAUACACCGACCGUGUGCCUGGCUCGUUCAUAGAGCGCAAGCGAUGUGCGUUGACUUGGCAUUACCGCCAGGCUGAUCCCGAGCAAGGCCUACAUUCAUCACAAGCGUUGCACAAGGAUCUUGAGGCGACCGUGGUCCAAAAGUGGGAUGUAGAUGUGAUGAAAGGCAAAGCCAAUCUUGAGGUACGGCCUACUUUCAUCAACAAGGGUGAGAUCGCUAAGCGCCUGGUUAACGACUACAACACCGACAUCGCGCACAUAGCUCCACCGGAAAGUGGUUCACAAGGUGAGAAAGCCAAGGAAGGGAAGCUGGAUUUUGUGCUAUGUAUGGGUGACGACUUCACUGACGAGGACAUGUUCCGGGCCUUGAACGGCCUCAGCGGUACGCAAGUCGAGACUGACCACGUGUUCACUGUUACUAUCGGUGCUAGCACGAAGGUCACUCUGGCUAAAUGGCACAUGCUGGAACCGCAGGACGUCGUUGAGGCCAUAGCUCUCCUGGCCGGAGUUGGCCUGAGUGGUGAAGCUCAUGAGCAACUGAGCCAAGUCAACUUGGCAACCGUCGCCGGGCUCGAAGGCCACGUGCCUCAAUGACUCGCGAAAUCGAAGCUAUGAUUAUAUUAUGGACGGGAAGCAAUAUAGACAAGCGUGGCGCUAGGGUGGUCAGGGCUCAGACUAGAGGACAUUAUUCGUGCAUACGAACUAUCGUGAUCCAUUCACGGCUAUACAAGUAAACCCAGAAAAAAAGGGGCCGCAGGCGAAAGAUCGGACUAAUAUCCCGAACAGGACUCGUCCGAUCAUCUUGAGAUAGAGGCAUUCCUUUGCACAAGCUUGGGGUAGACAUAGAAUAUGUAUUCGGGACCAAAAUAUGCCACCUCAUGGCCGGCAUGCUUGUGUUUUAGGUGGCAACAUUUGCCUAUCUGCUGCUAUGUGAGUAUAUACAUAGACACAGCAAUUAUCUAGUAGUUCUUCAAGACUGCUCGGUAUACUUGUUAGCAUCUCGGCCCCCGUGACGCGGACGUUGCAACUUUGAGUGAUAUCGGGCGAAGGAACUCGAGGAUGUCGACGCGAUUCGGCGGCAGCUUUCUACAGGUAGAAUCAUUCGACUAUAGGUAGGUGAGGUUAUAGAUUACUAAUUUAAGGUCUAUAAUAUAGAUACAUAGUCGCUACAU